AUGUCUAUGCCAGCCUACGUUAUGCAGGAACUGCGCAAUACAGUUGCAGUGUACUGCAGGGAGUUGGUCAUGGGAAACAAGGACAUGAAGGAUUCGUCACAAGAAGACAUGAUGUAUUCAUGCUAUCACGGUGAUACAACAAGAAUGUCUCAUGUACAAGCUUUGACUAAAGGCGAAGAGCCAUUCACGGAAAUGUUCUACAAGUUGGAGUUAGAGACCAACAGAGAGGGCAAUGAGGAAAGAGCUCAGGCGAGGGUGAACUACAUGCUGGAGCUCAAAGGAACGUUUCACUUGAUUUUGGACAAAAGGAUAAUUGUGUAUGAGAAUGGCUUCACAGAAAAAUCUCUUUCGGAAGAUGGCAAGAGCGCAAAGGUGUCUGCCAGGAAUAUUUACGACAAGGCUCGCUUCAGCAUCGCCAACUACCGAAUUGCACUGGUCUUCUACAAGGAAUACGCUGGAACAAUGGAACCCGGUGUCAAUCCAUCUGGUCAAAACUUUGAUGACAUGAUUCUUUUUGUCCACAAGAAGAUAUUUAUUGCCCUUGGAGGAAAAACAAGGAAGCGGACACUGACCAAGAAAGAAAAGGAAGCAGGAAAAGUCUUUGACAAAACAGAAGACAAUAUGCCUGAGAACAAGGUUGAAAAGAAGUCGCGAAAAGAUGCAAGGGAAGAACAAGCCAAGCAGAAAGCCUAUGAGCACUCGGUUGAUGAAGGAGCUGACGAAACCUUCAAGAGAGGAGUGCCAUUACAAGACAAGAAAAUCGCUGUUCAAAUGGCUGCUGCCGCUCAUGCAAGCCAACAGAAGAAUGCAAGAGAUUUGCUGGCAAUCGCGAAUGCUGACCAUGCCGCCACCUCGAAGGAGUUCUUCCAAGUCCUGCAGGCUAUGAAGGAUGCCCCAGAAGAGAAAAAGGAGAUGUACAAAGAGUGGAAGGAAGGGCUGGCCACAGAACUUACCAGCAUUCGAAAGAGAAAGAAGAGGCUUCAAGAGGAUUGUGACCAACUCAUGAAAAUGCCGAAGCAAGAUGCUGCUAUGGCAGAUGAGUAA